AUGUCGCUGUUGAGCACAGCGCUUCGUAUGAUGUCAGCGAUAGUACCAGGUUCUCAGAGCACAGAGUCAACUGUUGAAGCUAACAAUCCAGUGGAUAGGUUCAAGCUCCAGGAAGAUUUAUUAUCAGCUGCUAAGGCAUGUCACGUAAGAUUCGGGGGUCGCAUGGAAUUGGCUACUGAGACAGAUCAGUGUGUUUAUAAACUUUGUUACGCAUUUGAGUCGAUAUUCCGUCAUGGUCUCAGGUCUAAAUCCGUUGACAAGCUUAAUUCUGCGCUUAGACACGUAUCAGACCUGGUAACAGGUUCAUCAUCAAAGACAGACCUAGCCUUCUGGCCUGCGAUAAAAGAGCAACUAACCUGGCACGAGCAAGAAAGAUUCUCAGUCCUCCGUAACAUCCACUCAGACUACGGACGAGGUCGUGCUUGGCUGCGAGCCGCCUUAAACGAGCGCUCCCUCGAACGGCACCUUCAAUCAAUCAUCAACUCAAACUUAUCACCGUUCUACGAAGACUGGGCUUUUAUCCUCGACCAAGAAAGAUCCUCAGUCCUGCCAACAGUGGCAGCUGGCUUGGGAACGAUAGUCUUUGCCAUCCGGGUGGACAACGAGGAGCUGGACGACCGGCAGAUAGAUAGAUGCAGAGCUUCUCAAUCGGAACCAAUAAUUUCUUCAGGAGAGCCAGCGACUCGGGAGAGAGUCAGAAGAAAGGUACCGAUGCACAUUAUAUCAUUCGACAACGACGAAGAGGAGCGAGGAGUGAUUGACAGCGCCAGUAAAUCUAUCAGCGCGCCACCUACUUGCUUAAACUCUCCACUAGGUGUUCCAGAAGUUCCAGCGGUUCUUGCUGAAGCUUCAGCGCCAUCUAGCAAUUUUCUAGACCCGGAACAGGAACUGCAGGUUAAUAAAGCCGAUGUUCCGGAGCCAGAUGUCGCUUGGGGUCCGAAUGAAUCUCCAGAAGAGGAACGAGUCUUAACUCCUCUGACAGAUGGCAGCAUGGGUGGACUGGUUCCUGUGUCGCCAUUGGACCAGACUUUGGAGGACAUGUUGGUGACCUUGCCGAACUACUUAGACACGGAACUGACUGAGAACGCUGUAGAAGCUACGGAACCUCUGGGCCUGGACUCGCAUAUUGAUGCUAGUGAAUUAGACACUGAAGCCUUGAGGGUCAGGCUCAUUGCUAUGGGCGAAGUUCUGGAACAGGCCAAAGAGGACGCUGUCACAAGUCGGCUCCAGCUGGCCCGCUUUCAGCGGCAGCACCAGAAUUAUUUAGAGCGCCAUGAGGUCCAGCUUCAAGCGCUGAAUAGAGAAAAUGAAUUGCUGAGGCAGCAAUUGAGGAAGUAUGUCACUGCUGUUCAGAUGCUCAGGAGAGACUCUGAUGCCACGGUGGGUGAUGAUGAGCAAGCUAGGGAUUAUCACUACGAGGCGGAACAGUAUCAGGAGAAAUUGGUACAGGUCGCGGAGAUGCAUGCUGAGCUGAUGGAGUUUAAUGCUAGGUUGACUAUGCAGCUCACCAAUCGUGAUAACUUGGUCAAGCGGCUGCAAGCUGAGCUUGAAUGUCUCCGCGGGCCGCUUAAUGAAGAAGAUAUGAGCUUGGAUCAACCUUGCUUUAUCAAUAUAUGGAUCCCUUCUGCUUUUCUCACGGGACAGGCUUCUGAUGUUCAUCAUGUCUAUCAGAUCUAUGUACGGAUCAGAGAUAUUGAGUGGAAUAUCUAUCGACGGUACGCCCAAUUCUACGCUCUCUAUCGAGAACUCAAGAAGCAUGAUGCUGUGGUGACAACCUUUGAAUUCCCACCGAAGAAAACUCUCGGGAACAAAGAUGCUAAGUUUGUGGAAGAAAGAAGGCAGAAACUACAACAGUGGCUGAGAAGAGUUGUAGGAAGACUGGCUCAAUGCUCUCCUGCAUUUACCAUACGGCCUACCAGGCAAACUUUGGUUUCAUUAAUGCCAUUUUUUGGCGACCAGACAAACAAUGAAGAAAGAAAAUCAAGGAACAACCUGUCCUCUUCUCCUCAGUACAUGGGUCUGUGA